UCGGCGUUCGUAAACCGACGCUGCCGGAUCCCCGAAGUUUUCGUAUUUUCCCGCAUUCUUAGAAAAGUCAGAGAAAAGAGAAGGGCUCUCGCCGAUGGCUCCCGGAAUGGCGAUCACCGAUCCGGCGUUAGGGAAGCAAGGGUUUGGCCUCGGGUUGAGGAAGCCUGCGGUGGCGGUGGCGGUGGAGGAGGUGGAGGAGCUGCGGCGGAGGAACGAGGUGCUGGAGAGGGAGGUUAGGGAGAGGCAGACGAGGGAGGAGGAGAUGAGGAGGGAGUUGGAGAUGACGAGGGCGCGCCUGAGGGCGGUGGAGGAGGCAGAGGAGCGGCUGUGCGUUCAAUUGGGGGAGAUCGAGGCGGAGGCGGUGGUAGAGGCGAGGGAUUACCACCGCCGGAUCAAGGUUCUCUCCGACGAGCUCGAGGAAGCCCGCAGGAUUCUCGGCUCUUCCUCCUCGCCCUCGCCGUUGGCGUCUCACCGCCGGUUCCUCGUCCGCUUGGACGGAUCGCACUAAAAGAAUAAAGAACAGAGCACAUGGAUGGAGGAGAAAUAUGUUGUUUAAAAAUUUAACGGCAAAAACUGUUCUGUUCUUUUUGUUGUAUUAUUUAAUGGUAGAAAAGACAAGAAUUUUUCUUCUUUCUUUUUGUUUUUUUUUCUUUUUGUUACGAAUUUGUUUUGUUGGUGAGAUGUAAGAGAGUGAAUUCAAACCCCCAAUCUAUUUGUUUUUCUCUGUUAUUGGUGUUUUAGCUUGUUUACUUAAAAAAAUCCAUUUUGGU